GGGUCACGCGUACAGCCGACGGCGACGUGGCCUCCAGCGGACGCCCCACGUGUCCCUCGCCGCGCCCCGUCCGCCCGCCCUUGCCCUGAGGACCCUUGUCCAACAUGGCGGCGCCCAGCGGAUGGUGGAACGGCGUAGGCGCGAGCUUGUGGGCUGCGCUGCUCCUAGGGGCCGUGGCGCUGAGCCCGGCGGAGGCGGUGUCCGAGCCCACGACGGUGGCGUUUGACGUGCGGCCUGGCGGCGUCGUGCACUCCUUCUCCCAUAACGUGGGCCCGGGGGACAAAUAUAUGUGUAUGUUCACGUAUGCCUCUCAAGGAGGGACCAAUGAGCAAUGGCAGAUGAGUCUGGGGACUAGCGAAGACCACCAGCACUUCACCUGCACCAUCUGGAGGCCCCAGGGGAAGUCCUAUCUGUACUUCACACAGUUCAAGGCGGAGGUGCGAGGCGCUGAGAUCGAGUACGCCAUGGCCUACUCUAAAGCCGCAUUUGAAAGGGAAAGCGACAUCCCCCUGAAAACUGAGGAAUAUGAAGUGACCAAAACAGCAGUGGCUCACAGGCCCGGGGCUUUCAAGGCCGAGCUCUCCAAGCUGGUGAUUGUGGCCAAGGCAUCACGCACUGAGCUGUGACCAGCAGCCCUGUUGUGGGCAGCACCUUCUCAUCUCUGGUGAAGCUGAAGGGGCCUUGGCCCUGAAAAGGCCAACACGUCACUGGUUUUCUAGGAGGGACUCUUAAGUUUUCUGCCUGGGCUGACGUUGUCUUGUCUGGAGGGACUCGCAGGGUGGCUGAAGCCCUGGGGCAGAGAACAGAGGGCCCAGGGCCCUCCUGGCUCCCAACAGCUUCCCAGUCCCCACUUCCUGCUGAGCUCUUCUGGACUCAGGAUCGCAGAUCCGGGGCACAAAGAGGGUGGGGAACACGGGGGCCGCGCUGGGGAAAGCAGCCAUGCUCCCCCCCCCCGCCAACCUGCAGAACUGCUUUCCUAUGUUUACCCAGGGGACGGACCUCCUUUCAGAUGAACUGGGAAGAGAUUAAAUGUUUUUUCAUAUUUAAAUAAAUAAGAACGUUAAAAAGCAA